UUUGCUUGAUCACAUGACACGUUAGUCACAUGAUCGGUCACAAAUCGGUGGAACAUUUUUCAGGAAAAUUUGAAACUUGAAAGUUGAAGGGACCUAACUUGAAACUGAAAAUUACAAGAAUGGAACCUCCACUGCGGAUGGCCCUCUUCACUUUAUCCAUAGCUCUUGCAGUCAUUGGAAAUGCCGGAUGGACUGAGGGCAGCUCAUUGAAAUCUGCAGACAGCCAGUCUCCUCUUUGUUGACAACCCAGUGGGCACGGGCUUCAGCUAUGUCACAGCAGAGAACGCCUACACCACCAACUUGCAGGAGAUCUGCGAUGACCUACUUGUUGUGAUGACAGAGUUCACCAAGUCUUUCCCUGCCUUUCAGAAAACGCCGUUUUAUAUUUUCUCUGAAUCAUACGGUGGAAAGAUGACUGCAGGAUUCAGUGCUGUUCUUUACAGUGCGAUCAAGAAAGGAACAAUAACGAUGAACUUUCAAGGUUUGGCCAUGGGUGACUCGUGGAUUUCUCCCGUAGACUCCACCAACUCAUGGGGACCCUACCUCUAUGCCACAUCCAUUAUAUCCUGGUCUGGCUUAGAACGAAUCGGCAAAGUGGCCAAGAAAGUUGAAGAUCUGGUCAACAAAGGUGAGUUUACAGAAGCCACCAAAGCCUGGAACGAGCUGGAGGACGUUGUGGAAGUGGAGGGGUCUGGUGUGAACUUCUACAACAUAUUGCAGUGGCAAGGGUCGGAGACUAAGGUGGCCAAAGAUUUCUCCAAAAGUCAUAUAGAGCUACUUUUUGAUCGACACGUUGGGUCAAUUAUUUCUGAUGACCUUGAUGCCCUGAUGAAUGGACCAAUCAGGAAGAAGCUGAAGAUAAUUCCAGAUGAUGUAGAAUGGGGAGGGACAGAGUCGUGGUUCUUUUCCCUGGAUGUUGGGAAGAAGUUCAAGUCUGGGAAAAAGAAGGCGUAUCCGUGUGACGGUUCUUCCAUCUGUUACUUCGGACAGGAGCUUGGGAAUGUCCAGUUUUAUUGGAUUCUCAAUGCUGGUCACAUGGUGCCACAGGAUAACGGACCUGGUGCUCUAGCUAUGGUCAACAAAGUGAUUGAGUAGACGGUUCUGAGCAAGGUGGACAUUCGACUGCUUGGGCCAUAUUUUUGUAUAAGCUUUUUUCUACGGUAAUCUCAUGGUUUGCAAAAUAUUUUGCUGUAAACUCAGGUCUCCACUGCUGACUUAAAGCUUUUGACUUAGGUCUGAAAGGUUCAGAAAUAGAUCUGUGUAUUUGGUAACGUGUUUUUUGUACAGACUAGCAUGCACAUAGCGAAAUAUGCAUAGCAAAGAGAUUUUAAAGUUCGGAAUUAAAAGUUGUACUUGUGUGUUCUUUACAUUUAUUUGAAUAACUUAGCCAAAUUCAUACGUAACGAUAAGAUUUCUGAGUCCUACUUAUUCCACUAUGUGCACUCUAGACUGUAUAUUGUGUGUGUAUUAAGAUACCAUGAACCCGGUCUAAAGCUUGUUCUUUACAUUUCCACAGACUUAUUGUCUUACAAGUUUCUGCACAUUUUAAAAGAAUUGCAUUCAGUUCAGAGAAGCUAUUUUUUUACACAGAUGUUACAAAUAGAUUUACUAUUUCAGCAAUAGACCCAUAUAAAUUCAUUGUUUCUGGCUGUCUGUUGGCCAUGAAGGUCCAAGUAUUUGGAUGGCCUCGGGCACUGACGAUCUACUAACUAGUCUGGAGACAAAACUUCUUACGUGAUCAAAAUGUCUAUAUUUUCUGUCCCCGUCGUUUUAUGCAAGAAAAAUUCUGAAAUUAUGCAAAUUGAGCCCAAAAAUGUGACAUUAUGCGAUUAUUUAAAUUUUAUCA